UCGACUCUGGAGUCUUUUCCUGCUUCUGUUCUUCAGUGUUGGUUGUUGGGGGUAGGUACCCCUCUGUAGAACCCUGCAUUGUCCCUUCUGAUUGACUGUGCAGAAGACAAUGGGAGGUCCACUAGUAGGAGCUCACCUAUGGUGGUCUGUAAGAGGAGUAGGUGGCCAGGUUUUUAGGGGCUGUUAAGGGUGGAGGGACCCUUGAGUCCUGAUGGGCACCUUAUCAGCAAGUGCCAGACAAGAACAGACCUUGGGUGAGCCCUGUUAUCAGUCCCAGAGUCCACAGGACACACUUGGAUUAAUGUAUAACCUUACAAGACUUCCCCUCUGCCCUCUGAAGCCACUGGUUCCUAAAUAGACACCAUUCAACAUGGAUGCUAGAAAAGAGGGGCUGCUUCUGAAGACACUCUUCUCAGACCAACACCCACAGGUCUGCAGGUGGCUGGUCCCCUUCAUCCUUGCCUGCUCCUUCUACUUCCUCCUCUGGAUUCCUGAGGACCAACCGUCCUGGGUCAGUGCCCUGGUCAAGUGCCUGCCCAUCCUCUGCCUGGUUGUGUUCCUGUGGGCUGUGACCCCUGGUAGGAGCUCCUCCUGGCUCCUCCAAGGAGCUCUUGUGUGUUCUGCUGUGGGCGAUGCCUGCCUCAUCUGGCCUAAAACUUUCCUUUAUGGCAUGGCUGCCUUCUCUGCCGCCCACUUAUUCUACCUCCGGGCCUUUGGCCUGUCCCCUCUGCAGCCCGGAUUGCUGCUGUACAUCAUGUUGGCCUCUCUCAUAUACUACAGCUUCCUCUUGCCACACCUUGAGCCGGACAUGGUCCUUCCUGUGUUGGCCUAUGGGCUGAUCCUGAGCUCCAUGCUGUGGCGCAGCCUUGUCAGGGGUGGGAGUGCUGGCUGGGGUGGUGUGCUCUUCACAAUCUCCGAUGGUGUGCUGGCCUGGAACGCUUUCAUUCGUUCCUUACCUUUUGCUCGUCAUGUGAUCAUGACCACCUACUAUGCAGCCCAGCUCCUUCUCAUCCUGUCAGGCCUCAGGAACCCAGGACUCAAAACCCACUAAUGCAGAACCCAGACAACCCAGCGUUCCCUCCCAUAAGGACCUUGGUUUUUCACGUUAACCCAACCUGCAAGUGGAUGCUCCGGUCAUGUGUCUGCAGAUACUUGGCCAUCGAAACAUCUGUAUACUGUUGACAGAAUUUCAAAUCAACCAAGAUCAAGCUGCCGUCCAUGGCUUUUGAUUGUGAAUUCCAGGCCCUCAACUCAACCUACAUCAUGUCUUCUCCCCAUGCCUGCUUCCUUUCCCCAAUCAGCCACCUGUCCCUUCACACUGCUCCAAAUCUGGU